UUUUUUUUUUUUUUUGGAAUUAUUUCUUUUAUUUAUUUAUUUUUUAUUUUUUUUUGGUUUUUUUUCGAGACAGGGUUUCUCUGUGUAGCCCUGGCUGUCCUGGAACUCACUCUGUAGACUAGGCUGGCCUCGAACUCAGAAAUCCACCUGCCUCUGCCUCCCAAGUGCUGGGACUAAAGGCAUGUGCUACCAACACCCAGCUUAUUUCUUUUAUGUAUGUGAGUACACUGUAGCUGUCUUCAGACACACCAGAAGAGGGCAUCAGAUCCUAUUACAGAUGGUUGUGAGCCACCAUGUGGUUGCUGGGAAUUGAACUCAGGUCCUCUGGUAGGGCAGUCAGUGCUCUUAACCUCUAAGCCAUCUAUCUCUUCAGUCCCAGCAAGACUCUUUUGAAAGAAACAAAUAAGAAAUUCUUGUUGCUCCUGCACUAAUCUUGUUAACAAAACUAAAGUGAGCUUUGCUGGGUUUGCUUGUUGUGUGUUUAUGUUUCCUCUUGUAGGGGUCAAACACAGGACCUCAUGCAUGCUAGGCAAGUAUUUUACCACUGAGCUGUAUAUCUUCAGCCUCAAACAUUAGUUCUUAUAGCUGAGAACACCUCUCUCAUGACAAGCAGAAAUGUGGCCCCUUUCUAAAGCCAGCCAGUUUAAAUCGAGAUGUUUUAGGACCUACAGAGAGCUGAGCUUCCCAGUCUGGAAAGUUCUGAGGUUCUCGAGCCAUGACACUUGGAGAGGCAUCGGACUGGAGUGCCAAUGUCGAUAGGAGUGUGACAUCUACAAUACCUGCCUAAGGAGAUGGAAAUGCUCCAGGCUAGGUUAUAUGAUUACUGAGCUGUGUCUCAGAGGCAUUGUGUUAGUUCUCGUGAGGGAUGGGAGGGUGAUGGUCUGCAUAGUCUGUGACUUGCUCUAUAGCUGUGGAAAAAGGCAGAGCUGUUUAAAAUGAAAGUUGAGGUGGAAAUGCUUUCCCAGCCCUCUAUUCCCUGCUAUCAUUCCUAGCCUCUGCUACUUAUUUGGUUAGGCUUUUUUUGUUUGUUUGUUUAAAAUAUUUAUUUAUUUAUUAUAUGUAAGUACACUGUAGCUGUCUUCAGACAUCAGAAGAGGGUGUCAUUUCUCAAUACAGAUGUUUGUUGAACCACCAUGUGGUUGCUGGGAUUUGAACUCAUGACCUUCAGAAGAGCAGUUGGUGUUCUUAAUCGCUGAGCCAUCUCUCCAGCCCUGUUUUUUGUUUUUAAGAUUAAAAAAAGACUUGCUUUAUUUAUGUGUUGUUUUGCAUGAGUUUAUGUGAAGUGUUUAUGCAGAAGCCAGCAAAGGUCAGAUCUCUUGAAACUGGAAUUAUAGAAGUGAGAUGCCUGGUGGGUACUAGGAACCAAACUCAGGUCUACUCCAAUAGCAGUAAUUACUAUUAGCCACUGAGCCAUCUCCAGCCCUUGGUUUGUGUGUGUGUGUUUUUAAAGAUUUAGUAUGUAUAUAUAUACUGUAGAUGUUUACAAACACACCAGAAGAGGGCAUCGGAUCCCAUUACAGAUGGUCCAGCCCUUAGUAGAUACAGAGUCUAACUCUAGCUAGCCUGGAACUCUCUCACAGACCACACAAAGUUCUAUCAGCCUCUGCUUCCUGACUGUUGGGAUUCAAGGUGUGUGCCACCAAGACCAGCCUAUUUCCAUCUUUAAUUAUGUGUGUAGGUGUGUAUCUGAGUGGAUUUGUGUAUGUGCGUGUAGACAGUAGGCCAGAGGGGUGGAUGAGAGCCCCUGGAGCUGGAGAUGGUUGUGAGCCACCAGCCUGGGACAGAACUCAAGUCCUUGGCAAGAGCAGGAAGUGCCAUCUUAACUGAGCCGUCUCUCUAGCCCCAUUAGUGUGUGUCUGUUUUGUUUGGGGAUGGGGUUUCCUCUAUGUAGCCCCUGCUGUCCUGAAAUUCAUUAUAUAAACCAGGCUAACCUCAAACUCACAAAGGUAGGGAUUAAAUACAUACCCUACCAUGCCUGCAUUGUUAGUGGGGUUUUGUUUGUUUGUUUGGAUUUUUUGAGACAAGGUCUCAUAUAGUUCAAACUCACUAUGUGUCUGAGGAUGACCUUGAACUAUUAUAGGCGUGCUUCACCAAACCUGGCCUGAAUAGGCUUUAAAAACUGAUUAGGAUUGGAAAGUUGGUAUCAUAGUUAACAGUGUAACCAUGAGACCUGGGUUUGGAUUCCAGCGAGCAUGUGACAAUGGGUGUUGUCUCUCAUGUGCCUGUAGCCCCAGUACUGUAGUGGGCAGAGACAGGAAGAUCACUGGGGCUUGCUGGCUGUCAUGCUGACUUGGGUAGGAGGACAAGCCCCUAGGUCAAGGAGAGACUCUGUCCCAAAGGAAUAGAGGGAGAACCAGCUACCUUUUUCUUAUGAGCACAGAUGCAAAUGUAUCUCUCUCUCUCUCUCUCUCUCUCUCUCUCUCUCUCUCUCUCUCUCUCUCUCUCUCCCCCCCUCCUCUCCCCUCCUCUCCCUUCCUCUCCCCUCCUCUCCCCUCCUCUCCCCUCCUCUCCCCUCCUCUCCUCUCCUCUCCCCUCUCCCCUCCCCUCCCCCCUUCCUUCCGCUCUCCCCUCCCCUCCCCUUCUCUCUCUCUCUCUCUCUCUCUCUCUCUCACACACACACACACACACAGAGAGAGUCUAAAAUGCAGACUGUAGCCAUGCAUGGUGUAUGUCCAUGAUUCUAGAACUUCCAGGCAGGAUCACCAGUGUGAAGCCAGCCUGUGUUAGGGAGUUCCAGGCUAGCCUAGGCUGAAUAAUGAGCUCCACCCCCAAUAAAAAGUUAAAUUGCUGGGUCCACCCGUCCCCAGAGGUUUUGCGCCAUAGUCUGGGAUGGAGCCUGAGAGCUUUGAAUAAAUUCUUAGGCUGUGCUGAUAGUGUUAGUCCAGGAAGCACUGUAGGAGGGAUACUUGCUCCAAAAUCCGCAAACUUAAAAGGGAGCUAGAAUCUCAAGUAGAGAAGUAGAGAUAUUCAGACUUUGCUUUGUGGGCAUAGAGUUAGCAGUGGUUUCCAACCUUCCUAAAACUGUAUCCCUUUGGUACAGUUCCUCAUGCUGUGGUGACCCCGACCAUAAAAUUGUUUCAUUACUACUUCAUAACUGGGAUUUUGUUACUGUUAGGAAUUGUAACAUAAAUAUCUGACAUACAAUUCCCAAAGGGGUCCUGACCCACGGAUUGAGAACCCUGAAGCAGAGGCCUGUUAUAAAAAUGCUUUCUGGUUGGGACGAUGGCUCAGCCUGUAACAUUCAUGCCAUGUAGCUGAGAACUUGGCUUCAGAGCUCCAGCAUCCAUGUGAAAAGCCAGGUGUGUGUCCCUCUGACUAAGCACUGGCAGAAGGGACAGAAGGCUCCUCAAGCCUGCUGACCAGCUAGCUGUCUUGCCACCCAUUGAGCUCGGGGUUAGCAAGAGAUGAUGUUGCAGAAACUUGAGGAGAGCAAUAGGUAGCUAAUAUCAAUUUCUAGCACUUAUGCAGACACACAAACAUGCAUGCACACACCAUACACACACUCUAACACAUAAUGGAUGCUCAUACACACAUGUACACGUACACACACACUCUCACAGACACGUGCACAUACCUGCAUGGGCUCAUACACACACACACACACACACACACACACACACACACACACACACACACACAGCACAGAUAAUGCUUUAAAGAACAGAGUGUAGGUCAGAGGUAGAGUGCCUGUCUGGCACAUGCCAGGCUCUGGCUUCUGUCCUAGCACUCUAGGAAACAAAAUACUUUACAAAAGUUAAGGAGCAGAUUAAGGAGAGGGGGAAAUGGGGAAUAGGAAGGAGGAGAGCCAUUAGGAAGUGAGAAGUAGUGAUGUUAGCUGCUGUCUGCCACGCUAGGCCUUUCCUCUAAUAGUCCCAUCCUCCACCCCUGUUUUACAGAGGAGUGAAAGCUGAAGCAUUAGCUGGGUUUGUCCCUGCAACCCUGACAAGUCAUUUUGUUCUUCUGCUGUGGUGGCUGGGAUGGAAAGGCCCCCGAGUCUGAGUUCACAUUCUGGGUCAAGGUUUCCCUUUUCUUUAACUUUCAGGCUUUAGUAUCUAUCUAUCAACCAUCAAUUCAUCCAUCCUUCCAUCCAUCCGUCUUACAUCUGUGCCUCUUUCCCGUUCAUUUCCUAAACACAGAUUGAACAUAUGCUGUAUGUAAGUCUUGUUCCAGUUACUGGAGACAACAGAACACACCAGGUCCUCACCUGUCUUAGUGAGGGUUUCAUUGCAGUGAAGAGGCACCAUGACCAUGGCAACUUUUUUUUUUUUCUUUUUUGGUUUUUCAAGACAGGAUUUCUCUGUGAGUAGACCUGGCUGUCUUAGAACUUGCUCUGUAGACCAGGCUGGCCUCAGACUCACAGAGAUCUGCCUGUCUCCGCCUCCCAAGUGCUGGAAUUAAAGGUGUGCGCCAUCAUGUUCUGCUCAUGGCAACUCCUAUAAAGGCAAACAUUUCCUUGGGACUCGUGUACAGUUCAGGAGGUUUAGUGCAUUAUCCUCUUGGUGGGAAGUAGGGCAGUAUCCAUGGAGAAAGAGCUGAUAACUUUACAUCCAUAGGCAGCAGCAGGAGACCGUGCAGGGCGACACUUCCUCCCAUAAGGUCACACCUGAUAGCAACACUUCCUAGGGUCGAAUAUUCAAACACACGAGUCUAGGGGGCCAUUCCUAUUUAAACCACCACAUCACCCUAGUGAAGAAUCCGGCGUGGGGUGGGGAGGGAGAAGCUGAACAGAAAGAACUCUUUUGGAUUUUGGUAUGUUUCAUUUUUUCCUCCCAGUGCUGGAGAUGGAACCCAGCAUGCUAUGCUGGGUAGGCAAAUAUUCUUCCAUGGAACUAUAUCUCUGGUUUAGGUCUAGGGCUUUGCAUGUUCCCACAGAAUGAAACAAGGGAGCGGAGGGAGAAGGGCAGGAGAAUAUCACCGGAAAAGUGAAACUUGAACUCCUAAAAAUGUGCACCGGAGGGCUGGAGAGAUGGCCCAGUGGUUAAGGGUGCUUGCUGCUUUUGCAGAGGACAUGUAUAACUCCAGUUUCAGGGGCUCAGUGUUCUCAUCUGGCACCCAUGUGGUGUACAUAUAUACAUUCAGGUAAACACAGUAGGUAAAUGCAUCUUUUUUGGAAAUGUAUUUAAAGGUGUUGACUUGAAACUGAGACUUCCCUUGGGUCUGAACAAGUCUCUUUUUAAGUUUUUACCUAUAAAAAAGAUCUUCCUGGGGUAGUGUUCUUACCUGGCUUAGCAGUUAAGAGCACUGGCUAUUUUUCUGGAGAACCAGGGUUUAAUUCCUGGCACCCACCUGAUAGCUCACAUCUGUCUGUAACAAUAGUUCCAGGGCAUCUGUUAUCAUCUUCUGGCCUCCUGGGAGCCAGGCCUGGAAGUGGUGCACAGACAUAUAUGCAGGUAAAAUAUCCAUAUACCGAAAGAAAAAUAAGAAUUAAUAAAAAAAGAAAAGACCUAGCUGGGCGGGCUGCUAUGUUUUGCUUAUUCAACACAUGGGAAACAGCCCUGCAGGCAGGGUUUGAAUGGUAGGAAGAGACUGAAGGAAUUAAAGCUCCAGGAAGCUCCCCUCUCUUCCCCUCCCCUCUCCAGCAUUGAAGUCCUAGGCUCACUCUUCAGGAGCAGCCUCUGGAUAUUUAUCUUGGCCACUACUGACGUUAAUGAGUUACUGCGAGCCUAGCUCUGGAGCAAAGGUCUGGGUGGCCGAGUGGAGCCGCUUUUCUGCAUGUUACUACCUCCUCCUGGGACAGCAGCCGUGUCCAUUCAGAGCAAAGGCCACACCCUUCGGUGCCCCACUUGAGGGGCUGGUUUUCAAGUGCUGUUCUCCGAUUUGUCCUUAUGACCCUUGGAAGUUGCUUAAACAGUAAGCUGCUGCUGAUCCUGAAGGGGGCGGUAGUGGAGCGCACACUAAUGGUGUGUUGCUUAGGAAGCUCCUGCUGUGAAAUCUUCUAUUCCAAGGACAGUGAAGGAAGCUGGUUCCGUUCCCUCUUUGUCCACAAGGUGGAUCCUCGGAAGGACGCCCACUCCACUCUGCUGUCCAAGAAGGAGACUAGUAAUCUCUACAAGAUCCAGUUUCACAACGUGAAGCCCGAAUGUCUGGAUGCCUACAACAGUCUGACGGAGGCUGUACUGCCCAAGCUGCACCUGGAUGAGGACUAUCCCUGCUCGCUUGUGGGCAACUGGAACACGUGGUACGGGGAGCAGGACCAGGCAGUACACCUAUGGCGGUUCUCAGGUGGCUACCCGGCCCUCAUGGACUGCAUGAACAAGCUAAAAAACAACAAGGAGUACCUGGAGUUCCGGAAGGAACGGAGCAAGAUGCUGCUGUCCAGGAGAAACCAGUUGCUUCUGGAGUUCAGCUUCUGGAAUGAGCCACAGCCCCGAGCUGGCCCCAAUAUCUAUGAGCUGAGGACAUAUAAACUCAAGCCAGGAACCAUGAUUGAAUGGGGAAACAACUGGGCUCGGGCCAUCAAGUACCGUCAGGAGAACCAGGAGGCGGUGGGAGGCUUCUUUUCACAAAUAGGAGAGCUCUACGUGGUACACCACUUAUGGGCCUACAAAGAUUUGCAAUCUCGGGAGGAGACUCGAAAUGCGGCCUGGAGAAAGAGGGGCUGGGAUGAAAAUGUCUACUACACAGUCCCCUUGGUUCGACACAUGGAGUCACGAAUCAUGAUUCCUCUGAAGAUUUCUCCUCUCCAGUGAAGCUGGCACUGCCUCCACCUCCUUCCCUUUCUCCUGUGGACUAGCCUGGAAAGGAGGCGCUUCUAGGCCACCUGGCACAGUUUUCUCUGAACUCUGGAAGACUUCUGAUGGGUGGUGUUCAGCUUCGACAAAGAUGACGUUUUCUGAGAACUUAGUCCGUCCGUACCCAGCUAACCUCUCUCCCAUGCUGGAUGAAGAAGUUCUUAACUUCCCAAGCUGCAGAAUAGCAACCUUUUAAGCUUUCACACACUUUCCUCUUAAGAUCCGUCAUCUCCAGGACAUAAGUCCCCAGCUCCCAACUGUGGCCAUGGCUUAGUUGCAUAAAAGCAGGCAUGACUGGCUGUUAGGAGGUAUGGUGUGAAAGGGUAUCAGUCCAGGUAUGGCCCGGGAACUCUCUGGUGUCUACUUGUUAAAAAAGCAAGCCUGAGUCUUUAAAAAAAAAUAAAUAAAAAUCCUGGAACUGCCAUAAAGUCUGAAGUCGUGACAGUCAGGAGGAAAUCCAGAAGUUAUCAGUGUCAGUAGGUGGUCCAGAAGUCUACUUAAAGGGCUAGGAAAAGGGUGGGAGUGGGAAGGAUCUGGGUACAUGAGACAGCCUUGAAGCAGGAACCCUUCACAAGUGGGCACAUAGGAUUCAGAAUUUAAAAUACAGAAUUGGGAAGACAGGACAGAGGUGACAGAGGAUCUUAAGGGAGCACCCUGUUCCUAGACAGAUGGAGAGGCGUAUCCAUGUUUUCCUACAUAAUGUGGUUAAAACUUGAAUUUGUGCUUCAGCUCUUCUGUACUUCUUCCUUCCUACAGGCAAAAACACAGGCUGAGACCUAUAGUUCCAUCAAAUUCUUUCUUUCCCUUCUUGACAUUGUCCCCCAAACCCUCAUUUUGCAGAAACACUAGGUCUGUGGAGUAGGUUGUGAUUCUGGGGUCUCUUCAAUGACCCCGGUACCUCAUGAACCCCUGCUUAGCAUGGUUGUGCUACCAUCCAGGAGAAUGUUGAUGGAACCAAAUUAAAUAUUUACUGUA